AGUUCAAAGGGGCACAAGAAGCAAGAUGUUUUUGCUGAGGAGUACAAACCCAUCGACGUGAUGGCCAGUCUUCAGGCCGGUGACAAGGAUCGCGAUGGACGGAAUCGGAACGAGAGCACGCCCGAUGAGCUCCGCAGAACUUUCAUCCGCGCGCUUCUGGGAGAACUUUUGUGUCGCGACACAAAGGCCACUGGAACUGCGAAAGAGACGCCUGUGGUUUCAUCAUCAUCUUCAACCGAGCAGCGCUGCGUAAUGACUACGGAGUUUCUAAGCCAGUUCCCCUUCCUCGUUCUGCCUCUGCACCAACAUUUGUUGGUUUACCUGCAUAAGUUUGAUUGCAACCAAGUGCUCUACGCCCUGUCGCGCAUCCGAGCCAUCCUGUCGACCGAGCUAGCGGAGCAAUUUCUCCUCGCACUAGCCGCUACGCCAACUGGCUUCCAUCGUGAAUCAUCAGCAUCCUCUUCAUCGCCCCCACAACCCGCCGCCCAGUGCUUGCCCAAAUUCCUCUCCUGCGACUUCCCGCCCAUCUGCGGCACCAGUUUGCCUGACCUCCUGGCCCGACAUCAACGUUCCCUACUGGGCGGUGACUUCUCCGCGCAGUCCACUCUGGAGGAGAUUGCCUUUAUUCAGCAGCAAGCCUUUCCAUCCCUCCUCGACGUGCUCAUCUACGCGUGUGUUCAGUGCAUGUCUGCAGUGUUGCCGCGAACGAUGAAGCUGGCGGAAUGCAAAAGUGGAGACCGACAGUCAGAGUCCACCUCAUCCUCUUCAUCGCUGGAGGCCAACAGUGACUCCGAAGUGCAGGCCGCCUUACAUAUUCGCCUGCUGGCUGCGGAAGUUUUAAGCCUUGUCACGAAAGCAAGUGAAGGCUAA